AUGGAUAAGUAUCCAUAUUUGGAUUCUGAAAUAAAUUCUGAUUUUAUAUCGGAGUUUUCUUAUUUUUUAAAAGAAGUGGGUGAGGGUGAUUACACAGAUCAAUUUUCCACUGAUCAAAUAUUCCCAACACGCGCCGAUUUAAUUGAAUGGGUUCGAAAGAUUGCAUUUGAUCUUGGAUUUGUUGUCGUCAUUAUAAGAUCUGACACAGCAACUGGUGAAGCUGGUAGAAAGACAUUUAUUUUGUUAGGCUGUGAAAGAAGCGGGAAGUAUAGGAAGUAUAAGCCAGAUGUUCAACCUAGUUUCUCUGGCACAAGAAAAUGUGAGUGUCUGUUUAGGUUGAGGGGUAAACCUAAAGGAGAUGGUUGGGUGUUAAAGGUUAUGUGCGGCUAUCACAACCAUGAAUUAGCAGAGACUUUGGUCGGUCAUCCUUUCGCGGGUAGGUUAAAUGUUGUUGAACAAUCAAUUCUUGUGGACAUGACUAAUAGUCAAGUAAAGCCGUCAAAUAUUCUUUUGACUCUGGAAGAACAUAAUGAAGAUAACGUGACCACGAUAAAGCAAAUAUAUAAUGCGAGGUACACGUACAAACGAUCUUUGAGAGGGUCUAGAACUGAAAUGCAGCAGUUGAUGAUGUUGUUAGAUAGAGACAAAUACAUCCAGAGAAGUAGAUGUUUGGACGAUUCUGACGUGAUGCUAUGUACAUUCCACAUUGCGAAAAAUGUUAGAGCGAAAUGCAAGAUGUUAGUGGAUAAGGUUGAGUCAGUAGAUGUGUUGAUGGAAGUGUGGCAGAAUGUCAUGGAUUGUGACGACCAGUCCAUGUUUAGUGCUUAUGUUCAUCGUCUUGAGUAUGCCUCUUCUGCAUGGCCUCUAUUUUUUGAUUAUGUCAACCGCACUUGGAUAAUUCCGUACAAGACAUACUUUGUCAAGGCGUGGACGAACAAAGUUAUGCAUCUAGGCAACACUACAACAAACAGGGUUGAGUCUGCGCACUAG